CUGUAGGAAUAUUAUAUCAUGGUAGAGCCCUUAUUCAAUCUGUGGCGACUGUGGCAACUUGUCAAUGUCAAUGUCAACUUACAAAAAGUACGAACUCGUUCCCGUUCGUUUUCUUUCUUACAUUUACAAAGUGAUUGUGUUUUUUUCCUCCAAGAACAUUAAGUACAGUCUAUUUGCCUCUUGAUUAUUGUGCGCUCAAUUUCUUCAUUAUCUUUCCUUAAACUCUCAAAAUCCACGUCAUGCACAACUAUAUAUCAGUUUGAACUUACCGGCGUAAAGAAACAAUUAAGUACACACGCACGCUACUUGGCGCUACGUUGGCGCGAGGCCCACGGUCUCUCGGCCUCCGAGUACUCUGGUCUGGUCUUGAACAUUUGUACUAGUAAUCCAAGGAAUCCAAAAGACCGAAAUUUCUCUCCAGAUUGAGAGCUUCACGCACAUCAAAUCAGGCUUCAACUCGCUACUGUCGCUCUAGCAUUAUGUCGUUGGAGGUGCGCGUAAAAGUAGAAUGUUUGGAGGAGACAGAGCUGUCACCAGCUGAUGUUUGGAAAGACGCAGAUGCACUUUGUGAGCAUGUUAAGCAGAAAGAGGCCGUUCCAGAUUCAAACAAUCCUGAAGCUGCAAGUGUUAAAGGAAAAAUAAGCCAUCUGGAUGACACAAUACAUGUGAAGGAGGAGCGAAGCGAGCAUGUCACCGAGGCUCUGGCUGGCCUAUACUUCAAUCAUGUGGUUAAGCAUGAACUCGUGCUGGGGCCGGAGCAAGUACAGGCAUUUGAUGAAAGGCAGCAAAUAAUAUUAGAUGCAAACCCAGCAGUAACUGAGAAGCAGGACUUACUGCGGUGCUUCGUGCGUCUCGAACGCAUCCCACUCCAAAAGACAUUGCUAGGCAACACGUCCACCACCGCGCACCAAGCGAGCCACGCCGGAGCGACUUGCGAUCGACACGCGACUGACAAUAGAGUGACCGGUAACCGACAUCCAGCCGACAUUGACGAGACUAUUAUUUACAUGUGUGACAUUUGCAGAAAAUCGUUUACACGUAAAAAUAACUUAACCAGACAUAUUCGUAUACACACGUAUGAAGGAGAAAAUACCAGUCAUGAUAGACAUAUAACGGUUAAGCAACAUAUGUGUGAAGUUUGUGGAAAACUGUUCAAUCAAACAAGCCAUCUAUAUCGACAUAUUCGAACCCACAAGGGAGAGAAAUACACGUGCAAUGUAUGCAAGAAAGAGUACACACGAUUGAAUAGUUUAAGGGUACACAAUUGUGCUAAAAAUAGACAAAAGCCUUAUUCUUGCGAAAUAUGCAACAGGCAUUUCUCUAGAAAAAUGGUUCUAAAAAUACAUAAACUAAUUCACACCGGUGAAAAGCCAUAUACUUGUGAAAUAUGCAAUGAAAAAUUUACGCGACCGAAUAAUAUUCCCAGACAUAUUCUGACACACACUGAUGAAAUGCGAUACUCGUGCGAAAUAUGUAAUAAGAAAUUCACCCGAUUAAGUAAUUUGAAUGAGCACAUUAUCGUUCACUCGGGGAAAAAAUAUAGUUGCAAAACAUGUAAACGGAAGUUUACGCGAAUAAGAACUUUAAAUUUGCAUGAAAAGAGGUAUCAUACUUAGAGUUCAGAAGUCAGUAUGUUGCCACUUGUCAUCUUACAAACGGUUCAACGGGGGUGUGGAGUGUUAGGGUCGGCAACGCGCAUGUAACUCCAUGUCCGUGUUUGCGCCGACGUAGUAUACAGCGUGUAUUUUUGAUACAACCA